GGCGGGCAGCGUUGGCGGCGGCCAUGGGGCAGUGCGGCAUCACCUCCUCCAAGACCGUCCUCGUGUUCCUCAACCUCAUCUUCUGGGCGGCUGCGGGCAUCCUGUGCUACGUGGGCGCCUACGUCUUCAUCACCUACGAUGACUACGACCAUUUCUUCGAGGACGUCUACACGCUCAUCCCUGCCGUGGUCAUCAUAGCCGUGGGGACCCUCCUCUUCAUCAUCGGCCUCAUCGGCUGCUGCGCCACGAUCCGAGAGAGCCGCUGUGGGCUUGCCACGUUUGUGAUCAUCCUCCUGUUGGUUUUUGUCACGGAAGUGGUGGUCGUGGUUCUGGGCUACAUCUACCGAGCAAAGGUGGAAGAUGAAGUCAAUCACAGUAUUACGAAAGUGUACGACGCAUACAAUGGGACGAACCCAGAUGCUGCCAGCCGCGCUAUCGACUACGUGCAGAGACAGCUGCACUGUUGUGGCAUCCGCGACUACACAGACUGGGAGAAGACAAACUGGUUCCAAGAAACGAAAAACAACAGUGUGCCCCUGAGCUGCUGCAAAGCCAGCAUCAGCAACUGUACGGGGAGCCUGGCUCGUCCCACGGACCUUUAUGGCGAGGGGUGCGAAGCCCUGGUGGUAAAGAAACUGCAGGAGAUCAUGAUGUACGUCAUUUGGGCGGCGCUGGGUUUUGCCGCCAUUCAGCUCUUAGGCAUGCUCUGUGCUUGCAUCGUCCUCUGCCGGAGGAGUCGAGACCCUGCUUACGAACUGCUCAUCACCGGAGGGACCUAUGCGUAGAAGAAGCCGUAGAACCUACACUUGAAUCUCCCGUU